AUGAAAGGUCUAGGUUAUGGUGCUGGCUACAAGUACAAUCCUGCAUUUGAUGGACCCGUUGAUCAAACAUACCUACCUCCGGAAGUGCAAGGGGUUGAUUUCUUUACUUGGAGUAAAAAAGAAAAAAAAUAGAAAGUAGAACUAUAGGUUUUCCAUCAUCUCUCUUGGANUCAUGAAAGGUCUAGGUUAUGGUGCUGGCUACAAGUACAAUCCUGCAUUUGAUGGACCCGUUGAUCAAACAUACCUACCUCCGGAAGUGCAAGGGGUUGAUUUCUUUACUUGGAGUAAAAAAGAAAAAAAAUAG